AUGGCCUCGUUGCCCGUGGCCGACACCCCCGGCCCGUUGCUAGAGGUCGUCCCGGCUCCGCAAUCCUUGUCAGCGCCAGCGCCAACGCCAACGCCCGCCCAUGCUGCCUCGGUCCGUCCCUCGCUCGAGCGUCUGCCGAACGAGCUGCUAGAGCCCAUCGCUGCCGGGCUGGUCCCCGCUUCUCCGCUGACGACGCGCUUCGCGCUCCGUCCUACGGGAACAUGGGAGUUCCGGGAUGCACACCACCAAUGGGCUGACUGGCUCGCCGGCCACAACGAACUGCUUGCAUUUGCCCAGACAUCGCAGCGCAUGGCCGCCAUCGCCAAGCCUCUGCUGUACCGCACUAUCGUCAUACACAACGAGCAUACCCUCGUCACCCUCUUUCUGCGCCUAAGCCGCCGCCCAGAGAUCAAGCCGUGGAUUCGCGAAAUCACAUGUCUCGUCAAUGUAGCUGGCGUUCUGACCCUCGAAGAGGUGCAUCGCGAGUGGGAGAGGCAGACUGGAGUGAAAUGGCAGCCCAUGCCUGGCGGCACCGAUGCUACCAUCGCCCUCGAUCUGCUCAGGGCCAUCCUCCUUAACGCCCCCAAUUUGGAGGACCUUCUCAUUGCCUUUCCCGACCACGAGCUUGCUGAAAUCGACCCGUCAUCGGCGGGCACCGACUUCUUGAUGCCCACGUUCCGAUAUGCCCUGCUCCGCUACAUAACAGAGGCAUAUCCGGCUGCCUUCACCGACGCCGUUGCGCGCUUCUUCCCCUUUGAGUUCAUGAAGAACUUGAAAUCGUUGCGCAUCUACUGCCACAGAGAGGAGGGGGAUCGUGAUCUGUCCUUCUCACGCCUGCUCGCAGACUACGCCAUUUCUGCUUUGCCUCUGCUGACGAACCUUAAAACGCUCGAGCUGUGUUGUUCCUCAGCCGGGAACCUCAUCGCCGGAAACGACCAAAUACCGCCUCUCCCAGGAAUAGAGAAUCUUCGGCUCUACGGUAGCCACAUCCACGAACCGAGACUGGUAGCCCUGUGUCUCGCUUGCGUUAAUCUUCAGAGCCUCCUCGUGCACUUCGAAGCAAGCUCUACUGACGAGGAGAGAGAUGCUCUUCCUGACGGCAAGACAUUGAACGAUGCACUUGUUGGCCUGGCUGGCUCGUUGCGGACGCUAGAGCUGGUUGCCCUCUCUGAAGGGCACUACUUGACCCGUGGUAGGGAGCGACCGCGCAAGCCGGAAAACCACCGCCUCACAUGUAUUCCCGAGCUUAGGUGUCUCGAGAACCUGACGCUAGAUUACCGGGGCAUCUUUGGCACACUUGGCAUCCUUGAAGAGGACGACGGCGAGAGGUUGUGCCAUCUCCUGCCCUCCUCUCUCCGGCACUUCACCCUUGUGUGCGAGUGGGGCACUGCCAAGGACUGGAAGCAGAGCUACCUGGCCAACUUGACCAUGGUGCUGUACGGAGUUGAGUGUCUCUGUGCCACCCAGUCCCCGCGGCUAUCCAGCAUCUCUCUUGCCAUUCACUCUUGGCCUGCGAAAAGCAGGUUUCACAGGCGCUUCGAGAGGGAGGUCCUGGAAGCGAGACAACGCUGUGCGAGGGCAGGAACCCGGUUCAGGACCUUUGACCUGUUGCCAUGCUACCAGGACGAGGACGAAAUGGAGCCUGCCGAGGAGGGUGAUCUUGAAGAUGAGGAAGGGGGCGCCGAGGAUGAGUUUGAUGACGUGGCUGACGAGGACGAGAUUGAGCUCGAAGAAGAAGACGAGGCGUCCGAGUACUACUUCUCGGGCGACGAGGAGUCGGAUCCCGAGAGGGAAGCACGGCGGCCUCCCACGUUCGACGUGUUCCUCGAGCGUCUUGGCGAGGACCACGGCCACAGCCUGGACGAGCUCUUCUAUGCCUACCACGAAGACAGGUGGGACGAGUAUCUCUUCUGA